GUCCUCUCUCAGUUCUUGAUCAACUACUUACUUCCUUGCCUCAUUACUCGGAAGCUAUAUAUUGCACCAUCUGCAUUGCCAUUUACUUCCUCUGCCUUAUGCUCCGAUCUCGAAGAGCAACUUCUCUCUGCCUUCCACCAACCUACUCUUACUUCUAUUGAGCAGGUGGUUGCUGCAAUACUUCGAACAUCUACUCCUCUGCCUUCGUCAUACAUACCAACCCCAGCCCUUCAACAACUCUCACAUUGACCUACUCUGUUCAGAUUCAGCACAGUGCUGAUACAAUCAGUUGCACGCUGACUCGAUUCUUUACAGAAAAAUAUCCAGCGCUGAAUAACAAUUCGACUUCACUUCAAAAGUGGCCCUCAUCGGACGUCUGUCACAAUGGCGGACGAUUUUAAUUUUCUCAACUUUAUUGAGGACGGUUCCGAAGCCCCAAAGAACACCCUAAAGGAGACACAGGUCUCGAAUUCCGAUGCUGAAAACGCCGAGCGCAGAGACUUUUGGGACAAGGUUCCUACCGGCGACAAUGGCGCAGAAGGGUCACCCAACUCCAGCUUCAACUCCUCCCCCACGCCUCCGGCCCACCAUGGCUUUCCCACUCUAGGUGAAGGACAUGCCAAGCAAGGCAGCGGAAAACCUGUCCUGCAGAGGCUCAAAGACGCCAGAACGUAUGGCUUCAGAAAGAAUGUGGAGAGAAGGGUAUUCAAGGGGUCUGGUGCCAUGGAUUAUGAUGAGAGUGGCAACUAUGAUCCCAAUGAAGAAGCUGCUGCCAAUAGGAGGCCGGCGAAAAAAAAGUCGGCCGUACAGCCCGACGUAGGAAUCACCCAAUACGACUCCCAAGGUGAAGAAAUCUUGCUAUCAAUUGAGGACGAUGUUUCUGCAGAGGAACGCUCUGUUGAGCCGAAGCGUGGAAAAGGCUCGAAGAAAAAGACUGCGGCUGCGGCAGGAAGAAAGAAGUGGAAGGGGAAAGGGAAGGCAAAGGAGUCAGAAACAAUCGAUGAGGCAUGCUCAGCAUGCAGGCAUUUCGGACUUGAAUGUAGUAUUCUUGAUGACCCCAAUCAAUUUCCUUGCACCACAUGUUCCGAGGAAGGCAUCCCCUGCGUCGUUCUAAAACCGAAGACCCAAGAGGCAAAGGACGCAAAACAACAUGCCUUCGCCAUUGCCAGGAAGAAUAAGGCGGACCAAAAACGAAUGCAAAGGGAGCAAAAGAAGAAAAAUGGCAAGAAGAUCGUGCAGCUGGCGGCGCAGAGUGCGGCGCCAAAGAUCGACCCCAAGAAUCGCAAGUACAUAUCAUGCGACCCAUGUCGGGCUGGAGAGUUCAAUCGCUGUUCAUUGAAAACAAAGGCUAAUGUCGGCCCUUGUAAACGAUGCGUUUCGAGAAAGGUUAACUGCAGCUUUGAGGAUAAGGUCAUCAAGACGGGGAAAGUCGGGACUAAAAAUGGCAAGGGGGGGAAGGCGGCGGCCAGCAAGGCAUCUGCCAGGGGUAUGAACAACCUCUUCGUGGGCUCUGUGCCGCGCCCUCGCGCGGCGCCGAAGAAGAAGGAGGAACUGCCACAGGGGAUGUUCAAAAAGACCAUCAAGACCAGGUUCUGCCACCCGAUCACCUUCGAUGUCAAUGUCAACACAACCCCAGCCCCCUUUAUGGGUAUGAAUUCCUUCGCCCAGCAAACUCCAUGUCACUUUCACACCACCACCGCAUUCCCCAUGCUGGGUCUCGGAGAGCCCGUGGAAAUUGAAGUCUAUGGGCCCAAGGAACCAUCCCCGGCCAAUCCCUUCGUUUACAAAGAAUGCAUCCCAAGAUUAGCGGCAGACAACGAAGAAGAGGUAUUCGAUGAAUCAGAGGAAGAAGGAGAGGAAAUCGAAGAACCGGACGAAAGCGAAGAAGAAAAAGACGCGGAAGAAAGCGAACAAGGCGAACAAGGCCCAGGCCCCAAAAAACCCGAAGAAAUAAUCUACGAAGACCCAACCUUCGUCUGCACCGACUGCACCUUCGAGCGCCAAAGAAUCCUCUUCUGCAAGUCCCACCGCAUCCGUGCCGUCGCCGGCCUCAAGCACUCCCGCGAUUUCGACUUCAACGACGCCAUCUCGAAGAUCUGGCGUGACCAGUCCCGCGGGAUAGGCUCAAACACGGCCAAGGAUAUACUGUGGUGCUCUGUCUGUGUCGCACCGGCGUUCUACGAGUGCUGCGUCCCGGACCGAUUUGUUGGGGAGGUUGGGUGCGGGCUCAGGCUGUGCGAGGUUUGCGCGCAAGGGCUGUGCGGGGGAGAAGGCAAAUUGGAAGGUCUGCUGGACGAGAUGGCCGAGGAGCAGGCGCGUAAUCCUUUCAUGCCGAUCCAGAAACGCAGAUCCGUGGCCCAGCAGGUGUCGCUAGACCUCCUGAUCGACCGGGCAGGCCGCGAUAUGUUCAGGUAUGAAGACGGUAUCAGGGCCGACGCGGGGUUCUUGACCAACCGUGGCGAAUUGAAGCUGUGGAUGAAGUCAGAGGCUGUAGCGGGCCCUAAUGAGUAUGAGGAGCCAGAGGCUAGGAUGGGCGAGGCUAUGGGCGCUGGAGCGGCUGGUGACGUGAGGUGGGGUGGCUGGGGUGAGGGAAUGCGGUUGAAUGGGGGACGUGAUGAGACGUUUGAGGAGUAUGAUUUGAGGAUGAAUUUGGAGAGUGGAAAGGCCGAGCAGGCGAACCCGGCUUUUAUGAGCGUGGCCCCAUCAGUAUCGGCGGGUACUGACGACUGGGCCCUCUGAAGGGAUCGCGGGGGGAUUUAAUUUGGUGUUGCUGUUUUUCGAGCCGACUUUGUCUGGGGCAGGUUGCUGGAAGAUGGAGUGGGGGGUUGGACGAGUGGAUGGAGAGAAUUAUGGUGCUGAUAGAGGGGAUCGUUCUGGCUUGGUUCAUUUGUUUGGGAGUGGUGGGGGAACUAUUUUUAUCUGGUUCUGGUAUCGUGUCGAGGCUG